GAGCUGUUCGGCCAAGUUCGGCUCCGUUCGGUUUAUUUUCAUCUCCGCCUCCAGCUGAGCGGAGCGACAAGAAGUUCGGACACCGAGGAGCCCAGAGCUGCCGCGGAGCCGAACCGAACCAGGAACUGGACCUGGACCACAGCGACACCACGGCGCAACCGGGACCAGCGCGGUGAGCGGACCGGGACCGGGACCGGGACCGGAACGGAAUCGAAGACGGCAUCAUUCCUCUCCAGAAGUCAGGGAGGUUCGGGUCGGACAGGCGGCGGUUCGGGGCAGCAGAACCGUGUCAAAGUGGACCGCCGGCGGCUGCAGGCAGCACCAUGUACCAAGUCCAGGAGAGCCGCCCCCUGCUGAGCCCCUCCAUCGAUGACUUCCUGGCAGAGAGCCGCAGCGAAGCUGCCUCCGGACGACCCCCGACCUCCAACCCCGCAGUUCUGUCUACGGCUCUGGACCUGGUGGACCUGAGCGACCCGGCAGAGACCCGGCACCACCGGGUCACCAAGAGUCCAGUGAGGAGGACGACCGGGUCCAGGAGCCCCCGGCACAGAACCAGAACCGAAGAGACGGAGCUGGUCCCGGUCCAGCUGGAGCGCCGGCCUGCCGGACCCGGAACCCCUGACAGGACAUCCCUGGACUCGGUCAGCCUGUCCUCUCCUCUGGACAAGUGGGACGAGUUGGACCUGGACCUGGAGGACGGGGGACGACGCAGACGCCGCCAGGCCAGAUGCACCUCCCACCACUCCUCCAGCGAGUUGCUAUGGUCUGCAGAGUUUAGGACAGAUCCUCUGAUGAAGAGCAGCUUGGACGAUCUGGACUUCAUAUCUCUGAACCAGGACAGCAGCGUGUCCAGACUCCGCAGACGGACCCGCUCUCUGCUGGGCAGGAACGAGUCCCUGGAGGACGAGUUCGUCCGCGCGAAGGCAGCUGUAGAGUCGGACACAGAGUUCUGGGACAAGAUGCAGGCGGAGUGGGAGGAGCUUGCUCGCAGGAACUGGUUGGAGGAGACGGAGAGCCAGCAGAAGCCGGCCCCGCCCCCCGGCUCACCUGUGGAGAAGGGUUACUACUUCAGCGCCACCAACCCGUACCUUGACUGGCCCAACGCCUUCGCUGAGGGUCAGGAUAAAGCUAGAGAGGGAGACCUGAACGCUGCCGUCCUGCUGCUGGAGGCCGCCAUCUUACAGGACCCCAGUGACGCCGAGGCGUGGCAGACGCUGGGGACGACUCAGGCCGAGAACGAGAACGAACAGGCCGCCAUCGCCUCGCUGCAGAGGUGUCUGGAGCUCCGCCCCAACAACCUGCCGGCCCUCAUGGCGCUCGCCGCCAGCCUCACCAACAGCAGCCAGCUGCCGGAGGCCUGCGACGCUCUGCGCCGCUGGAUCGGCCACAACCACAGAUACCGACACCUGGUCCAGAGCAGGAGUCCGCUACAGGGUUCCCCAGCCACACCACGCAGGGGCCCCGGCUGCUCCACACCUGCAAGCUCGGCGCUGCAGGAAGUUCUGCUGCUCUUCCAGGAAGCGGCGCAGCUGAACGUGGAUAACGUGGAUCCGGACCUGCAGACCGGACUCGGAGUUCUGUACAACCUGAGCUCAGAGUUUGAUCGGGCGGUGGAGGCGUUCAGCGCUGCGCUGUCCGUCAGACCGCAGGACUACCUGCUGUGGAACCGGCUGGGAGCGACGCUGGCUAACGGCAGCCGCAGCGCCGAGGCGGUGGAGGCGUACGGCCGCGCGCUGCAGCUGCGGCCCGGCUUCAUCCGCUCCCGUUACAACCUGGGCAUCAGCUGCAUCAACCUGGGCUCGCUCAGGGAGGCUGUCAGUAACUUCGUCAUGGCUCUGAACCAGCAGAGGUGCAGCCAGCGCUGCAGCCAGCUGCAGAUGUCCACCAACAUCUGGGCCGCCCUGCGGAUCGCCGUCUCCAUGAUGGACGACCCCGGGCUGGACCGGGCCGCCAGCCUGGGGGACCUGGACCUGCUGACCAGAACCCUGGAGGGCAGAGACCUGUGAUCGGGUCAGAGGUCACAGGAGGAGGUGGAGAACUCUGCUGCACCUGAAGCACAACCCUUUAACCUGGAGAACCUUCUGCUGGAGCUCCGCCCCUUGACCUCUGACCUGUCAGCAGAGCAAUUUUCUCUCCUUCUGUAUCUAAAUGUCAGAGGAAGUUCUGCGCCUCUGGCCUGACCUCUGACCCGUCAGCAGCUGCAGCUCCUAGCUGAACGGAUUGUAGCGCAGACGCAGGAUCAGAACAUAGAAGAGUUUGUAUUAAUAGCAGCGGUGUUCAGUACGGAGGCCUGUAGGGGACAUGGGGAUUUUUUCUUUUGCGUUCCCUGGCAGUGACGUCCUGAUCAGUUCAUGUGUUAUGACUGAACACUUUCUCACGGCCAUCUUUCUUUCUGCUAUAAUCUGAGGCUUUCAUCAGGUUUUUCCAUAGAUGUUAAAAUCUCAAUGGGAAAUAUCUGAAGUUUUAUAUCUUUUUCUUUAACAUAGAAAUUAACCACAAACCUCUGAUAUAAACAGAAACUU